UGUUCGCGAUUCUGUUCGCGUCGGUUACCGAUUCUGCAACUGCGCGCGGUCAAUCAAUGUGUUCGUUGCGUUGCGAGGCACGGCCGCCGCCUCGCAAGUGGUAGUGUGAUUUAAAACCAAAACAACCCCACGCUGUAGAAGAGUCCGUCAACAACAACACAAUCGCAGCUGACGACGGCUGUUUGUUUGUUGUUGUUUCGAUCGCUCGUUCGCAGAUGACAGUGUAUUUAUUAAGCAGCGUUGGGACAAAUUUCGGCAAAGAAAAAAAAAAUUUAUUCUGUCGUUUGACAAAUUAAAACCGAAAAAAGUGAGAGUAGAUUUGUGUCAACUGACCCGACCUGCCCACGGAAGCGUGGCUUAAGCGAACCGAGUUGAACAAACUGAAGGUUAAAACACGAACAAUUCGUGUUUUGAUUGAUGUUCUGCAAAGAUUAAUCAUGGAUCGAAGCUUGUCAAAGUUUGCCUGUUAGCAAGGAUCCAACAUAUAGAGGAAAAAAUAAUGCCGCUGCUGAUUGCGCAACUCAUUCGUUGUUGGCUAAAUUGGCGCCAAUUGAAGUGAAGAAAAGUGCGACGAAGAUACGGUGCAAGUUCCCGGUUGCAUCGCCAGUGCUUCGGUGAAGCUAAACUAGUGAACAAGUUCUAAAUUUCCAAAGUGACAAGAAUAAAUUAAAAAUAGAAAGCAUAAUUUAAUGAAAGACGUGACUGUGGUUGGGGAAUGGAAGUAGCUUCCAAAUCACGAAACGAAGCCGCUUCGAGACAGACAUCAAAUUCCCCGCCAUUUUCGGAACUAUAUUGCUCCGGUGUAGAGCCGGAAGCAAGCGGUAAAUGCGGCAGGAAUGCUUUCAAAUUUGCCAUAACGGCCAGCAGUGUGAUGCAGCAGCGUGAUACGAUACUCAGUCAUCGUGUCGGUAGUACCGGCACCGGUGAUAGACAGUCAUCUUCCGCGGUAAUCGCUGGCCAACUUGUGAUGAAGAACUCCGUGUGUGAAAUGAAAUUGACCACCCAACCGGACGGAUUCGACGUGAUGGUGGAAUCGCCCAGCAAUCGCAUCCGGGUGGCGUUGGGAGUCCUCAUCCGGUUGCUGCUGCCGCUAACCCACGGACUGGCACGAGGAUGGAACGGACUGCGGGGCUUUCGCAUGCUACAGCUGUUGCGGAAAAUUCGCGAAACUCGUGGCCUACUGACGACGCUGUUCGCCUUCGCCGCAAACACGGUUUCGUUGAGUCUGUCCUCGGUUCAAGUGGCCCAUCGGAUUGAUCCGUUGCUGCGGGUGAUCAAGCUGCGUAAGAACUCGACCGGCGCAUCCGGACGUAAUGCCCUGCUGGAGGCGGCUGGUAAACAAUCACUGGUAGCGGGACGUGGACGACGUCAUACUGGAGCGAGUUUGCAGGAGAUUCCGGAGAAGUGUGUCGAACUAGUUGUUCUUGCUGAGCCCCCGGCCGGACAGCCGAUCCGAGCAGAUGUGGUGUUAAUACAUGGUUUGCAUGGUUCGCAGGUGAAUACCUGGAAGCAAGGACUGUGGAAUAGUGAGGGUAAGCUGGAACAUUUCGAACGACCCCCGAAGCCGCCGAUAAGACCUCCGAAGCGACAGCGCCACUCUCGGGCGAAUUUGUUUGCCCCACCUCACGAAUCAAAGAAACCAAAGUUUGAAGAAGACGAAGAAGUUGAUUGGAGUGAUGAUGAGGACGGUCAGCUUCCGGAUGGAACGCAGAGUACCUCGUACAGAUAUGCAAAGCGUCGCUUCACCUACGAGUGCGGGAAGCCAGAGAGGGUUCAAUUUUCCGAUGAUAUGGAGUACAGUUUUCCCACAUUUAGACUAAGGAUUGAAGAAGAAGAGAGCAAUCGAAUCGCUCAGGGUUACACGGAGAAAAACGGCCAUGGCAAGAGGAAACCAAAGGUGAAAAAAGACGAAUCAUGGUCACCCUGUUGGCCAGGCGAUUGGCUACCAUUGGACUGUCCCGGAGUACGUGUCAUUGCGCUGAACUACACAACCGAUCCGUACCUGUGGCGACCGGUUUGGAUCAGCAAAAGGCAUCGAUCUAAUCUGGUUGACCGUUCGCGCGAGAUGGCCGAUAUGCUGAUAGCGAAGGGCGUCGGCAAAGGGCACCCGAUCGUUUGGGUGGGCCAUUCGAAGGGUGGAAUCUUUAUCAAGCAAAUCAUCGUCGAUGCGUGGGAGAGUGGCCGACCAGGUGCGGAACCAUUGUGGCGGUCAUCCCGAGGAACGCUGUUCUACUCGGUGCCCCACCGGGGAUCUCCGCUGGCGGACUUCAACUUGCCCCUGUUGCGUCAGUCCGUCGAGCUGACCGAGAUUCAGAAGAAUUGCGCCAGUAUACUGGAGCUGCAUCGGCGGUUCGUUGCCCUCUACCGCGGCGGACAUCUCAAGAUCGACGUAUUCAGCUUCGUCGAAACGGCCUUAACACUAAUGUCGGUUCUCUAUCUGCGCAUCGUUGGCAUCGAUUCAGCCGAUCCUGGCAUUGGCGAUGUUUGUGGCGUCCACCUUGACCAUCGGGAAAUUUGCAAGCCUCGCAGCCGCAACUGCAUCCUCUACACCGAGCUGGUCAAGAUGAUCAACAAGGUGAGCUGAGGCGGGCCUCGCGUGACCCAGCACCAAUUAGUGGAGCGCCACCGAACCCGUGGUAGAAACGGAUAUAUUUGUUUUAAAAUAUUUUCUACUCGUUUGAAUUGUUUUUUUUUUUUCAUACACUGUAUUCGUUCGUAUUAUAGAGUUAGAUUUUCUCCUUCGAACCCGACACGUUCACUGAUAAGGCGAUCGUUAGAAUUAAACUAGAGUUACCACCGAGAGCAAGGAAUGCGAAAUGUACUUUAAAAAAAAAGUUAUGUUGUGUGUUAUAACGAAAAGCCAUUACCAAUUCGUUGAAUACUUGCAAAGUGUUAUAUUUGAAAACAAUAAAAAAAUAGAUAGGUAGACGCUAGUGAACAUCAAUCAAUUGAAUCAUUACUAGGCUAUGUCAUGUGAUAUAUAGAGAUUAGUGUUUAUGGGACAAUGUUGAAGCAAUAAACGAUUUUAAAUUGA